CGCGCAAGCGUUUUAUAUAAAGCAACCUCAACGCGACUCGCGAGAUGUCUCCGGAUUCCUCUCUCCGUAUCUGUUUCUCAACUCUCGUGUGAUUAUAAAGAAGGGGAAAUCGUUUCAAUCGUUUUCUUGGAAUUCUGUGAAGAAAGUUAGAAGAAGAGAAACAGAGAAAAUGCCGAAAUCACCAGAGGAAGAACACCCACGAAAGGCCUUCGGCUGGGCAGCUAAGGAUUCUUCUGGAGUCCUCUCUCCUUUUAAAUUCUCCCGGAGGGCAACGGGAGACGAAGACGUGACUUUCAAAGUGCUUUACUGUGGGAUCUGUCACUCCGACCUUCACUGCGUCAAGAACGAAUGGGGAAUUUCUACCUAUCCUUUAGUCCCCGGGCACGAGAUCGUUGGCGUAGUAACGGAGGUGGGGAGCAAGGUAACAAAAUACAAAGUUGGCGACAAAGUGGGCGUGGGUUGCAUGGUGGGAGCUUGUCACUCCUGCGACAACUGCAAGAACGAUCUCGAGAAUUACUGCCCCAAGAUGAUCCAAACCUAUAACUGGACCAACGUCGAUGGUACUAAGACCUACGGUGGCUACUCCGACUUCAUGGUCGCCAAUGAGCGUUACAUCGUCCGGAUGCCUGAGAACAUGCCUCUCGACGCCGGUGCGCCUCUGUUGUGUGCCGGGAUCACUGUCUACAGCCCCAUGAAGUAUUACGGACUCUGCUCCCCUGGCAUGCAUUUGGGUGUGGUAGGUCUUGGUGGGCUUGGCCAUGUGGCUGUCAAAUUCGGCAAAGCUCUUGGGAUGAAGGUGACUGUCAUCAGCACCAGUAUUGGCAAGAAGGAGGAAGCCCUCGAACGCCUUGGUGCCGAUGCCUUCUUGGUCAGUCGUGACCAGGAGCAGAUGCAGGCUGCCACAGGUACAAUGGAUGGUAUCAUUGACACCGUUUCUGCUGAACACCCUCUCCUUCCAUUGGUGGGUCUGCUUAAGACACAUGGGAAGAUCGUUAUGGUGGGUGCACCAGUGCUGCCACUCCAGCUUCCGGUCUUCCCUCUGCUAAUGGGGAGGAAGUUGGUAGCAGGAAGCUGCAUUGGAGGAAUGAAGGAAACGCAGGAGAUGAUCGAUUUUGCGGGGAAACACAACAUAACUGCCGACAUUGAGCUCAUUCCGGUCGAUUACCUCAACACUGCCAUGGAGCGACUUGCAAAGGCCGACGUCAAAUACCGAUUUGUUCUCGAUAUUGGAAAAACCUUGACCCCAGCUUAGGCUCAAAGACAGUUGCCUUUCAUUGGUCAUUUUUGCAGCUAUGGUUCAUGGUUAGGAAUUGAAGAGGGGAAGAAGCAAAACGUUCUAAGUGGUGUGUUCUUUGUGUUCUCAUGAACAAUUUAAUGUUUUGGUUAUUAGUUUACUUGAGGUGCAUGUGAUGUGAUCCUAAUAGGUUAAGAAAACUAUGUGUCAAAUGUCUCGGGGGCCUGGAAGUUUUAUAUCGAAUAAUAAUUCUGAUUUCUUUGUUUUA